AAGAAACCGAGAGACAAAAAAAAGAAUUUGGAGGAUAAUCAAAUUCAAAAAUCAUUUCUCCGAUCAAAUUCGCCGUCGGAAUUAUCUCAGAGAGAAAUUGAGCUGCGAAGUGGUGAUUCUUGUAUUUAAAUGUCGAGUAGCUCGGGAAGUUUCUCGGGAAGCAGUAGCUCGGCAUGUAGUUCCAGAAGUGAUUGCGAGAACUCGUUUGAUGUUGAAGAACUUUUGCAGAUUGGGACAACACGCAGGGAGCUAAGGAAACAAAAGGACUUGCUGAGAGAAUCGCAGCCCCAUAGUAUCGAACUAGUCAGAAGGUUGGAACUCCACACGAAGUCAUUAUCGGAAUCUCGCUUAGAAGACACAGCAAGAAUUCAGAUGAUGGAGAAAGAAUUACUGAAUUGCUAUAAGGAAAUUGAUUACUUGCGAGAUCAACUAAUUUUCAGAAGCAAGGAAGUGAAUUAUCUCAAUGAACAUCUGCACGACCUUGAAUUCAAAUUGGCUGAAUCAAGGAAUCUGGAAGAAGAAGUUAACUCUUUAAGAGAUGAGUUGUGUAUGUCUCAAUCCGAGCAUUUGUUGUUGUUGCAAGAACUUGAGAGCAAGGAAACAGAGCUACAGUGUUCGUCUCUUUCCUUGGAGAAACUGGAGGAGUCCAUCUCAUCCUUAACAUUAGAGUCCUUGUGCGAAAUAGAAAGCAUGAAGCUUGACAUAACAGCGUUGGAGCAAGCACUCUUUGAUGCAAUGAAAAUCCAAGAAGAAAGCAUCCAAGAAAAAGAUCAAUUAAAAGGAAUAAUCGAAGAGUCCCAGUUUCAGUCUCAAAGGGCACAAGAGAAUGUCAAGUAUAUCGAAAAGAAAAAUGAAGACUUGAGGGAGAAAUUUAAUGCCUCUGAAAAGAGUAUCAAAGAGUUCUUUCAAAGUACUAAAGAACGGUUAGAAAGUGAAGAUGAAGAGCCUCUAACUGCAGGGUGCUUCUUUGCUGAACUGAGCCAUGUGCUUCCAAUGUCUAAUGAAGUUCGCAAUUGUUUUGAUGCAAUCAUGAAGAAACUAGAACUUUCUCAGAAUGUGAAUUUGACUGACAAAGUGGAGGGUAUGGCGAAACAGAUACAUCAGCACGAAGAUGUUGUAAAGCAACUCAAGGAAGAACUGAAACAGGAGAAACUGAAGGCGAAGGAAGAAGCAGAAGACCUUACACAAGAGAUGGCUGAAUUAAGGUAUAAGAUGACAUGUUUGCUUGAUGAGGAACGCAAUCGCCGUGUGUGCAUAGAACAAGCAUCAUUACAGAGAAUAGCUGAGCUAGAAGCACAGAUCAAGAGAGAGAUAAAAAAGCCCUCUUCCACUGAAAUGCUGCCUCUUAGUGGGAUUUCUAUGGCUGCUAAGAAUUUCAGCUUGAACCCUUUCGAUGAUACUGAUGAUGAGAAGGAGGCUGCUAAGAAUUUCAGUUUGAACCCUUUUGAUGAUGAUGAUGAUGAUAAGGAGGUUGAGAAAACAUUCACUUCAUCGUUGAAGUUCUCGGAUGCAAAGGAGAACCACCAGACGGUUCAAGAACUUGAGAGCUACGCUGUGUACGAGUCUGAGGAAACAACGAAAACCGUAAAAGGGUGUUUGAAAGUUGCUGAAGAGAUUAGAUGUGAUGCUACUAAAACAUUGGUUAUGUUGAAUGAGCAACGAGAUCAAAUUACAAGAACACACCAUAAGGCCGUUGAUAUCGAUCAUCAUCUUAGUCGGGGUGAGAAGCUUCUUGGACGCCUUGGAGGCAUUUUUUCAAGGACUUGGAAGCCAAAGAAGACUCGUUCCAUAACUGGUCCUGUCAUAACUAAAGGUGAUUCCCCUAAGAGAAGAGUUAUCAACUUAAAGACUAGGGAAAAGCUGGGACUGAACCAUUCACUCAAACCAAAAUCAAGAACACUUGCUGAAUCCGUUGAUGCUUAUCACAAAACACAGAUGGAGAUUGCAAAGCAAGAUGAAGUCCUUUCCAACUUAAGCGAUCUUCUUGGCGAGCUGAAAAAUAUGGCAGUGGACAUGGGAACAGCAAUCGAAAGUGAAAACCAUGGACUAGAUCAUCUUCAAGACGAUGUUAAUGAGCUUAACUACAGAGUAAAGCAAUCCAACCAACGGGCUCGUCGUUUACUCAGGAAGUAAAAAGUAGCCAGAACUCUGCUCAUAACCAAGCUUGUCAGCUUCUACAUUCUUCUGAUGACUUAGUUGCUUAAAGUCAAACAUAGAUUUCAAUAUUUUUGUUCUGAUAUUAAUGAAGUUGAAACAUUUAA